GAAAUGGUCUCAGAUAACAUGUACGUUGCUGCCCUGGGUCGACCUUUCACCCUGGGAAUGCUCUACGAUGCUCGGAGAGAUCAGCUGAUCCCAGGUUUGACAUUAUGGGAUGAUAAAACUCUAAAUGGGAAGAUAAAAGAAAGCUCUCAGCGCACCAGUUCAUUUGACAUGGCUGCAUCUGACUCCACUGAAUCCAAGUGCAAUCUGUUGGAUGUUGAUGCUUCUCUGAAGGCAAGUUUCCAGGCUGGACUGAUUGAAGUUGGAGGAUCUGCCGAGUAUCUGAAAGAUCAGCAGAAAUCCCACCAUCGGAGCAGAGUUACGUUUCAGUACAAAGCUACCACCAACUUUAAGAUGUUAAUGAUUGAACAACUAACCAUGGACCCCCAACAGAUGGAUGUCAUUAAGAAGAGCUCAGCAACACAUGUAGUCACAGGCAUCACUUAUGGGACAAAUGCUUUCUUUGUGUUUGACAGUGAGAAGUUAGAGGCCAGCAGCGUUAAGGACAUCCAGGGCAGCAUGCAAGCUGUAAUAAAGAAGAUCCCCUCAUUUAAUAUUGAUGGGGAAGCUAAGCUCAACCUGACUGAUGAAGAAAAAGCCCUGACACAGAAAUUCUCCUGCAAAUUCUACGGAGACUUGAUUCUUGAAAGCAACCCUGCAACAUUUGAAGAUGCAGUGAAGACCAACCUACAACUCCCAAAGCUACUGGGAGAAAAAGGAGAGAAGGCUGUUCCAGUGAAGGUCUGGCUGAUGCCGCUGAAGAAUUUUGACUCCAAAGCUGCUGAGGUGAAGAAAGAGAUCAGCCAUGGAUUAAUUAGGAAGGCCCAGGAUAAUCUAGAAGAUUUGAAGGAAAUAGGAAUGAGAUGCUACGAUUCUCUUGAAGACAAAGUAGCGGAGAAUUUUCCUCAGAUUCAAGAACAGUUAAGUACUUUCCAAAAAUUGUGUGGUUAUUAUGCAUCUAACCUCCAGCAGGCCUUGGCAGAGAAGCUUCCCUCCAUCCGUGAAGGAAAAGAAGAUGAGAGCUCACUGAAACAACUCUUUGAAGACAGAGACAAGUCACCAUUCAGUCAGGAAAAACUAACCAAGUGGCUGGAUCGUAAAGAGAGAGAAAUCAACAUCAUCAGAUCCUGUGUAGAUACCAUGGAGGGAAUAAAGAUCAUCCAAAAUCAGUCAGAGCUGGACAGACAGGUUCUUGCUCCAGGUGUAGAAGAUGUUCUGUGCUUUGUUUUCACUUCAGUGGAAAGGGGUGAUACCGACCUUGAUGUGAUGGCCGACUACUUGGGUGUUCAAAAAAAAGGAAGUACCAAUGAAGAUCCAUGGUACUACUCAGCUGAAGUUUUCACCAAUAUGAGAGAAAAAGCCAAAGCUUUCCAUAACUUUGCCAACGCACAGAAGAAUAACAGUCAAUUCCGUUUCGUCAUAGCAGCCAUUGCUAACAAGAAACACACAGGAGCAACCAUCUACCAUUACAAGAACGGCAAUCUGGUCAGUGAAGAUUUGUCAAACGAACUCCCUCCUGUGGAGACCAUUACAGACAGAAGAGAUCUGAUCUGGUAUGCCUGUGAUCUCAACCUGGACCCAAACACUGUAAACGGCUGGCUCACUCUGUCUGAGGGAAACAAGAAGGCAACAUCUGGAGAAUGGCAGUGGUAUCCUGAUCACCCAGAGAGGUUUUAUGAACAGACUCAGGUGUUGUGCACAGAGAGCUUAUCUGGGCGACAUUACUGGGAGGUGGAGUGGAGUCAGAGUUCUUCCCAAUAUAUUUAUGUUGCGGUUGCAUACAGUGAAAUUGAGAGAAAUGCUAAAUUUGGAGGAAAUACCAAAUCGUGGGCUUUUGGCAAAUAUUAUGAUUCACUUACGGCAAAGUAUAAUAAUAAGGAAGUGAUCAUUCCUUUUCCCGCGGAUGGCUGUAACAGAGUUGGGGUGUAUCUGGACUGGCCUGCUGGCACUCUGUCCUUCUACAGAGUCUCCUCUAACACACUGAGGCACCUCUACACCUUUCACACCACAUUCACUGAGCCUGUUUACCCAGGAUUCAAUGUUUAUUACAAAACAAAUUUUGCGUACCUGCGUCCAGUUGAAUAA